AUGAGUGAUUGGAUCCCACUAAUUGCAAAUUGCAUGUAUUGUGCAAACAGUAUGUACAAUCCAUGCUUGCUGCUUAUUCUAAAGUUGCUUGAUGUUGAUGGCAGUAGAUGUGUAUGCAACACUGCAAAGUUGUAUGACAGGUACUAUGACAACCCGGAGCAUUUAAAGGAAUUGGGUGGUAUAGAUAUUGGAAAAUAUGUGGCCAGUUCUAUUGUGGUUUUCAAUCUUGAUACAAAGCAAGUUAAGUGGACAACACCAUUGGAUCUUAGUAUUGAGGCUGGUGACUUCCGUGCGCUCAUAUUGUCUUCUCCCACUGUGGUCGAUUUGGAUGGGGAUGGGAAUUUGGACAUUCUUGUUGGAACUUCCUUUGGCUUGUUUUAUGUUCUGGAUCAUCAUGGUAAGGUAAGAGAAAAGUUUCCUCUUCAGAUGGCUGAAAUUCAGGGAUCUGUAGUCGCUGCAGAUAUCAAUGAUGAUGGAAAGAUUGAACUGGUGACAACUGAUACACAUGGAAAUGUUGCUGCGUGGACGACACAGGGGGAAGAAAUUUGGGAAGUGCAUCUGAAGUCUCUCAUUCCACAGGGCCCAACAAUCGGUGAUGUUGAUGGGGAUGGUCGCACAGAUGUUGUGGUUCCAACAAUAUCGGGGAAUAUUUAUGUUCUGAGUGGCAAGGAUGGUUCUCUUGUCCGUCCUUACCCUUAUCGUACUCAUGGAAGAGUAAUGAGUCAAGUUCUUCUGGUUGAUCUAAGUAAACAGGGGGAGAAACAGAAGGGGCUCACUAUGAUUACAACAUCAUUUGAUGGCUAUCUGUACCUAAUUGAUGGACCCACAUCAUGUGCAGAUGUUGUCGAUAUUGGCGAGACUUCAUAUAGUAUGGUCUUGGCGGAAAAUGUUGAUGGCGGAGAUGAUCUUGAUCUCAUUGUUACUACCAUGAAUGGAAACGUCUUCUGCUUUUCUACUCCUGUUCCACAUCACCCCCUCAAGGCAUGGAGAUCACCUUACCAGGGAAGGAACAACUUCGCAAACCGAUACAACCGUGAAGGGAUCUAUGUUUUGCCUCCGUCAAGAGCUUUCCGUGAUGAGGAAGGUAAGAACUUCUGGAUGGAGAUUGAGAUUGUUGACAGAUACAGAUUUCCAUCAGGGUCUCAAGCACCUUAUAACGUCACUACUACUUUAUUUGUUCCGGGGAACUAUCAAGGAGACAGGCGGAUAACAAGUAAUCAGGUCUUCGAUCGCCCAGGAAAAUAUCGAAUAAAGCUUCCUGCAGUAGCUGUACGGACUACAGGGACUGUUUUGGUGGAGAUGGUUGACAAGAAUAAACUCUAUUUCUCAGAUGAAUUCUCCCUCACCUUCCAUAUGCAUUACUACAAACUACUGAAAUGGCUUCUGGUUCUUCCAAUGCUUGGGAUGUUUGGCGUGCUGGUCAUCCUUCGUCCACAGGAAGCGAUGCCAUUGCCUUCAUUCUCUCGGAAUACUGACUUGUGAUGAUUCACCUUCAUCUGACACUCAGUCGGGGGUUCUGAGUCCUUGGGCUCUAAAGAUGUCACCCUGGUGAAAUGCCUGGACCAUGCGCUCUGGACUUUCCAAAUCCACCAGUACAGAUCUCCUGGCAGAGUUGAACGGAUUCAAAUUCAUCUGCAUCUAAUACUGGAAGGGUGUUAAUCUGAUAUUGUCUAGGAAUUGCUAAGGUGGAAAGUAGGAAAAAAUUAUAUGAUUUGAUCCCAGAAUUAUUUGCUUCCAUUGCGCGUACUUCCCUACGACCCACCCCCUCGCUUACUGCGAAAUAUUUGCAAAUUGAGAGUAUGGCUAUAUUUAUUUCGGGAAUUUUCUGGCCUUGGUUUUCUUGAUAAGGAAGAUCCAAUGGGACAGGUUUCUGUAUCACCUCAUUCUAAUUCGAGAUUGGAAUAUAAGAUAUCAUAAGCUCCUGACA